AUGUCUGACGUAGCACCAAAAUCCCCAAGGAAAGCACGGAUCGAGGAAACUCAACUUGUAAAUGUAGUCUUUAAGUACUUUAAGCUUGCAGGAGUUGCAGUUGGAGUUUGGUUGUCGGGUUACCUCAACUUUAGUCCAAGUUGGCUUCUCAUUGGAUUGAUUUUGUAUGUAUGGAAAGAACGUCAAGGCCAGCGCAAAAAAUUGCAGAUAGAAAUUCGACAAGACAUCGCAAGGGAUGAACAGAGUGCUAUUUUAGCUCGUGUGGAAGAUCUCCCGUCGUGGGUUCAUUUUCCAGAGGUAGAAAGAGCAGAAUGGUUCAACAAGAUACUGGACCAGAUAUGGCCUUUUAUCGGGGACUAUGUCAAAGAAUUACUGACCACCAACAUUCAACCAAAAAUUCAGACCAGUCAUGCCCAGAUGUCUUCAUUUGUCUUUACAAAGAUCGACUUGGGGGAUAUUCCACCACGCAUUGGAGGUGUCAAAGUUUACACAGAAAAUGUUAGAAGAGAUGAAAUUUACAUGGAUCUUGACAUUAUAUACAGCAGUGACUGUGAAUUGAUGAUGAAAAUAAAGGGAAUAAAUUUGGGUGUAGAAGACUUGCAGGUUAGAGGUACAAUGAGAGUUAUCUUCAAGCCUUUGAUUGGUCGAAUGCCUUUGUUUGGUGGAAUCAGUGUAUUUUUCCUCAACAAUCCUACCAUUGACUUCAACCUAAAGGGCUUAGCAGAUGCUCUGGAUUUUCCAGGUCUCAGACAGUGUUCUCAAAGAGAGAUGGUUGAAGACAUUAUUGCUGAGCAGAUAGCCAACAUUAUGGUGUUACCAAACAGAAUAGCUGUCCCCAUGAUUGAGGAACUGAAUCUAAAUCUCCUGAAAUAUCCACCACCAGAGGGUGUUUUGCGAAUUCACAUGAUGGAAGCUAGAAAUCUGGUGUCAGCUGAUUUGGCUUUUGUUGGCAAAGGAAAAUCUGAUCCAUAUGCAGUAUUGAAGUUUGGUCCCGAAAAAUUCAAAACAAAAGUCAUUAACAACACGGUGAAUCCUGCAUGGAAUGAAGUUUUUGAGACUGUCAUUGACUGUAAAGAUGCCCAGGUGAUAGAACUGGAGAUCAGAGAUGAAGACCCUGGAAGCAAGGAUGAUAAGAUUGGAACGGCAUCCAUUGAUAUUUCCAGUACAGCAGCAUCGGGAACCGUUGAUUGUUGGCUGCCUCUGGAGAAUGUCAAGAAGGGAGAUGUGCAUGUGAAGUUGGUCUGGAUGUAUUUGGCUAAUGAUCCAAUGGUCUUGGAACAGGCUAUGAAACAGAUAGAUGCCUCUUCAGAACUGUCAACCUGUGUCCUAAUGGUCAACUUGGAUUCAGCCAAAGACUUGCCUAGAUUGAAGAAGCAGAUAGCUGAACCAAGUCCAUAUGCAGUUGUUUCAAUUGGACCAAAGACUUUUGAGACAGACGAGAAACCUAACACAGACAGUCCAGUGUGGGAGAAACCUUUCCGAUUCUUAGUCCACAACCCACAGAUUCAGAAGCUGGACAUUCAGAUUUUUGACAAGAAGAAUCCAAAGGAAUCAUUGGGUGAUCUGACUUUACCCCUAAAGACCUUGUUGUCUGCUCCUGAUAUGACUCUUGACCAGAAUUUUGCUCUCAAAAACUCAGGAAUGGAUAGCAAGAUUAACAUGAGAUUAUGUCUAAGAAUCCUGACAACAGAAAACAACCCAGCCUGGAGAAGUGAGAGCAGUAUCCUAAACACUAAUUCCAGCAGUGUGGAUCCUCCUGCUGUCCAAAAGGAGGCCAAAUCCACCCCAGACUCUGCCUCUCUGACACCUCAGCCCCAGAAGGAAGCAGCCAAAACAGAACAAAAUCCUGUAGUGAAGAAGGAAGAAGUGAAGCAGGUCAGUGCAGCAAAGUUGGAAGGACAGGUGAUCCCUCCAGCCAGCAACUCGGGGCCACAGACCAUCACAGGUACUGAGGUCAGGCAGAGAAAGACCAAGUCCUCCCCAGCACCUGCAGAAUCCGAUACCAAAGGAGCCUAUGGAAGGGGAAGGAUUCAGCUGACAUUUAGAUACAGCUCUCAAAGGCAGAAGCUGGUGGUGGUUGUACACAAAUGCCUGAAUUUGUUGCCUUGUGACAGUGACAACUUAGCAGAUCCAUAUGUGAAAAUGUAUCUCCUUCCUGACAAGUCUAGCGGUGGUAAAAGGAAGACACAGGUUGUCAAAAACAAUCUGAACCCUGUCUUUGAUGAAACGUUUGAAUUUCCAUUGAAGCAGGAGGAGAUAGCUGGUCGGGACUUGGAUUUGACAAUAAGAAAUGAUACUAGUUUUUUCUCCUCUAACACUAAAGUAAUGGGAGUUGUGACAAUUGACUUGUCAAAAAUGGACAUCUCAAAAGCUGCCACAGAGUGGUUUGACCUACAUCCAGAGGACAGUGAUGAUGCAGAUAAACCCGUCUCGGUGGAAUCGGAUGUCUGAGCAUGUGCAGUGAGCGAACUUCCUCUAGAUCUGACAUACAAGCUGUCUUUUUGUUAUAAGGUGUAACUGUUACAAAGGAACAUUGAAAUAUACCGCAAUGUUAUUGAGAUAUUAUUCAACUUCAUUACAUACUUAGUAAUAAAUACAGGCUUUUUUUUUUAAUGCAUGCACAAUACGAUAGAUUAACAUCACAUUAACCAUUUCAUGCUUGGAUAAUAGAGAUCUGUAAUACAAAAUUUCUGUGUCAAACUCUUCUAUUCACAUAUUUGUUCUUUUUAAGUUCUAUUUUUCAUCGCAGAUGUAAUUUUCCUGUUACAGUACAAACAAAUGAAUGUAUUAGAUAAUCACAAUGGUUCUUGUUUCCGUUUAUUUCCUGUACGCUAUUACUAAGUAUGUACUAAACAUAAUAACAUGUCUGAUAUUUACAUUAUAUGCUCAGUAGAAGUGUUAUAUAAGUAUGGUUCAUAUUCUCUUUAUUAUACGUUUUUGGGAAUGGUUUUUUUAAUGUGUGGAUGGGAAAUUAUGUUCAACUCUUUAAUAUAUACCAAAGUAAAAAUGUUUCAGUCAUUUCUGUAAAACAACAGUUUUGAGCUUCAGUGAUUGCUGCCCACUUGCCUUCUAUAUCAAAAAGCAGAAGCCCUGGUUAUUUUUCACUUUUGUUCUAGAUAUUCUUUUUAUCGAGUUGUUAACUUGUGGUGAUUUUGUUAUCUUUAAAGAUUGUGUACAUUUGAAGGGGGUACUAUUACAUGACAUUUGAGGGGGAUACUAUUACAUGAGUGGUUCUAUAUGAAUUCCUUGAUUUGUUUUGUUUAAUACUUGAGUUUCUUUAUUAUUUCAGUUCUCUGUUAAGAUGUUGUUAGACCCAAUUUUAAUUUCAUAUACAAUUAUACAUACAGUAUAUAGGUACAGAGUUUUAUUUGUUUACAUUUAAUUUUGUAUGAAUUGUACUUGAUAAUUUAACCCCUAUUUGUUUGAUUUCAUUUAUUCAUGAUAGCUGUAUGUGUACUGGUAUAUGUCCGAUAUCAUUAUGAGACAUUUCUUUAAGUGCUUUAUUAUUUGUACAUUUAACUGUGGAUUUAUGUAAACGGUGAUUACAAAGCGCCACAUACUCAGUCAGGCUUUUGUCAUUCAGCACAUAGCUUUAUAUGUCACAUAUUGUCCCUAGCUUUUGGGAUCCCCCUCCCAAUUCUUCUGUGAUUCAAUGUUUCAAAUCUUAACAAAAACUAACAUUUCGUUAUGUGCAAUAUGAUUAUAUGAAUAUGUUGAUAUGAAUUAUAAAUGCAUAUGUAUUUUAAUUUUUGAGAUUUUGCAAAGGAAUUUUUCAAUGAAAUGUACAGAUAUAUUGUAUACAGAGGAAUAUUGGUCUGUUUUAUGUUUGCUCAUAUUGCCCUCGUCAUUGGGCAAAUUGAAGACUAGGCAAUACUGUUUUUCUCUUUUGUCUGUUUUAAAACGGGUUGAAAACCUUCUGCAAAUGUUGAAAGGUAAAAAUAACUUUGGGACAAAAAUAACAGUACAUGUUUAAAGAGAAGUGAGGAAAGAACUCAACUUAAUAUUAUGCAAUUAUUAAAUAUUUAUUGAUAUUACCAAACAUGUCAUAUUUAAUGCAGUAUGAUUGUUUUUAAGAAAUUUCCUCUUUCACCAAUGCAAAGCAAACAACUCAAAUCUGCUAUAUAUUUGUCUUCAGUUUUAUUAUGCACAACAAAUACUCAGUGUCCUUGAGUGAUCAGAUUGGAUUACUUUAAUAUUUUCAGGAAUUAAUUUUGCUGAACAGCUGAUUAAGAUUUGUAAUGUUUAUCUACUCAAUGGCUGUCAUGAAUAAAGGAGAUCGAGCAUA